AUGGUUUACGCAAACCUCAAUCUCCAUAACUUCAAUCUUACUCUACAUUCCCACCGGGCACAGCUAGCCUACACUGCCCUAGUUUCCGGUGCGGUUGUAGCUUCUACAAUUUUUGCCUUCCAGAGGGUCAAGCAGAUCUCAAGAUUAAAGAGAUUAAAGAGCCUUAAAGAUUCGAUUCCUCCUCCCUCGGAGGUGAAUGUUCUCACGAAUUUCGGCGCAGCGUCCGCCCGGUCCAGGCUCCAAGACGAAUCAGAUGCAGUUCUAGCAGCGAACGCUCGGCGGGGAGACUGGGACGAAGAUAUCAUCCUCGAGCAAUUAGCCCGCAACAGAAUAUUCCUUGGUGAAGAGGGUCUGAAAAAGGUUCGCAAUUCCUUUGUGAUAAUCGUCGGAUGCGGUGGGGUUGGAUCGUGGGUUGCAACAAUGCUCCUUCGCUCGGGAGUGGGCAAGAUUCGAUUGGUUGACUUCGACCAAGUUACCCUAUCGUCCCUGAACCGACACGCAGUAGCCACUCUUGCAGACGUAGGGACACCAAAGGUCCAAGCUUUGAGGAAACGAUUGGAGCAGGUGGCACCCUGGGUGGAGAUUGAUGCACGAAACGAGUUAUGGGAAAUGGAGGACGGAGCUGCUCUAUUAGCGGGAGAGCCAACAUUUGUCGUGGAUGCAAUUGACAAUAUCCAGACGAAGGUUGACCUCCUAUUCUACUGCAAAACUCAUAACAUUCCAGUAGUCUCCAGUAUGGGCGCCGGAUGCAAGUGCGACCCCACAAGGAUUUGCAUUGGUGACAUUUCAGAAUCAACCGAAGAUCCACUAUCCCGAAGCACUCGCCGGCGUCUCCGACAGAAAGGUGUCUCCACCGGAGUCCCGGUAGUGUACUCUACUGAGAAGCCAGGACCGGGGAAAGCUUCCUUACUACCGCUUUCAGAGGAUGAAUUCGAAAAAGGAAAGGUUGACGAGCUAAGCGUGCUUCCAGACUUUCGAGUCAGAAUUCUCCCGGUGUUGGGCACAAUGCCGUCGAUAUUUGGUCUCUGCAUUGCGAGCCACAUUUUGACCGCCAUUGCUGGAUAUCCGACAGAGUAUUCCAAGGGAAAGGAUCGGUCAAAGCUAUAUGAAGAUAUGAUUGCUCAAUUAGCUGGUCAGGAAAGCCGGUUGAGAGGAAAUGCUCCUGGAAUUAGAAUCCCACUAAACGAGAGGGAUGCUGGAUACGUUGCAGAUGAGGUGUUCAAAGGAAAGAGUGUUGUGUCUGGAUUCUUCACGAGGUUAGUCCUUACACGCUGGGAACCAUUACCUCCGAGGGAUGAAGGCUUCUGGGGAGAAAACGACCAUACGGUAACCACCAACGAUGUGGUGCUGAUGACGAAGGACGAAGCCAAAAAGCACGAAAAGGAAGUUUUGAAAGCAGGCAGGUCACCGGAGGACGUUUGGGGCCCUCAUGUCGUUGGGGUGGUCGAGGAAAGGAGGAAAGAGGAAGACUUUUACUCAAAAUUCAGAUGAACUUCGCUUUUUAGUCUAGUGUAAAGAGCAAAUGCUAUCACCCUGACCUAAAAUCCACGGUGCCACAAGUGAUAUAACCAAUUCAGGAGAAGUAAUACGGGGUGUCAGGAGCGGGAUUUGCGAGAAAAUGGGGGGGGGUAUUUUGAAGAAACAAACUAAAGUCUGUUGAGUUGAAGUAUAUUCAAAGCAACCCAAUUGUUUUUUUUGUUUCUUCUUACUUUUCUUUAAAACACCGCGUCUAUCAUGUCAGUACAAGCUGUAGCGGAAGGCCAACAUUAUGAGACUUUU